GGAAAUUGAAUUUUAGAAACACUUUUGUUUGCAAACAGAAAGCCAUGCUUCCAAAAAUUACCGCGUUUAACGGUUUAAAUAUGAUUAGAGAUGACUGAUUAGUGAAAUUUUGCAUUGUUCUAGUAGUGUUAAUGGUGAACUUUUCAAAAACAUGUCAACUAAACGCAGAUUUAAUUGUGAUGACAUUGGAGGUUCUGUAAAGAAAAGACAGUGCAUGCAUAUCCUAAACGAGCAGCAGAUAUUACGUCUUUUAGCCCAGAAGGAAUCUCAGCUGAUAGAGAGAAUGGAAGUUGUGGAUGAAAAUUUUGCAUCUCAGGGAGAAUCUCGUGGAACACGCACAGAUGACAAAAGACUAACCUUCCCUAUCAACAGUUUCCCCCUGCAGGGCCUCAAUAACCACCAGUCACAGCAGCACUGUGAGAGGUGCCUGGCAGGAGAACCGGGUCAUUAUCGACACGUGAAUAGUUGACAACUUGAAUGGUGGUGAGGACCACUCAGCUUUUCUUUGUUUACGGAGAACCAAACAGACUUGCAGAUCAGGGAUGAUUAAAACACUAAAUGUACAAUGUUGUAAACCACCACCCACCCAGAAAAAUGCAGAAUAUAUAUCUGUUAGUGUUUUAUGUGUGUUUGUGUUUUGCCAUUAUGACAAAUUCGAGACAGAUUUUACAAUCUUUUUAAUGUAAUAUUUCCUUUUUUAUGGACUAUAUAUAGGCAGAAGAAAUAGUUAUAUUCUAAAUGAGAGUGAUUUUCUGAGAGAGUUUAGCAAAUAAUCAACAUUCAAAGGUUCACUUUUAUCUUGAGCUGCUCUUAUUGUACUGUACAUAUUUAUCCCAUGAUGCACUCCUAUUGUAUGUUCAGUUUAAUCACAGUUUUUCUCUGUAUUUCACACUUAUUGCUGCAUGCAAAUACUUUUAUGAACGAUCUCAAAACACAAUAUGAUGUGUCUGUCUCAACUGUUUUAUUUUAUAAUCUUUGAAUUUUUUGAGACAUUUUAGGCAUUCAAUAGGCUCACACGUAAUCAUCGUCGGAAACCCACGGUCAGUCGCUCUAGACAAUUCUAGAGCGACCGACCGUGGGUUUCCGACGAUGACACGAAAUAUGAAAAUGCUUUAUGUCAUUUUUAAAGUACAGGGUAUGCUAGAAAUUAUGAUAUAAACAUAUUGAAUUUCAUAUCAUUGAAAAUUUAUCAGUAGAUUUCUUCCUCAUAAAAGUGUCUUAUAACAUGGAAUGUAGAAUUAGAGUUGUGGGCCUUGAGCUGUUAGGUAGUAGGUCAGUAAAUUACCUAAUUUUGGUGACAUGUUGAUAAUUGUGUAUUAGAUUUAUGAUUGUAUGAACAUAACUACAACUUAUCCUAUGAACCUGAAGUCACCUUGAUAGAGUUGGGUAUGGAUUACAAAUAUUGAAAUGUGCUACAUGUACUAAAGAAUUCUUGGAAUUGUUGAUGAGAAUAAUAAAAUAAUAAUAGAAAAAGCAUAUUUUAAUUUGGACAUUGUUUAUAUUUGAUGUAAUGGUUAUUAUUGCAAUAUGAUAUUUGGUUUAUAAACUUACAAAUGGAU